GACUGGGUCAAGGCUAAUAACCAGCUGUCAAAAUGGCGAUCAAGAAUAGGCCCUCAAUACAAUUUCGGAGAAUAUUCUCUCUUACUUUCCUAGCGCUAGUCGUUUUGUUCUGUAGGUGCAAUGCGUUCGUCAAAGAGCUUGACGGCAGUUUUUCAUCUCUGAUGAAUGAGGGUAGCUGGUUAGUUGAGUUCUAUGCCCCAUGGUGUGGUUACUGCAAGAAACUAGAGCCAAUAUGGGCUGAAGUAGGGAAAACUCUUUAUGGAUCACCUAUUAGAGUUGGAAAAUUAGAUGCAACUAGAUACUCAGCAUUAGCAAAACACUUUGGUAUCAGAGGAUUUCCUUCAAUUAAAUUUAUUAAAGGAAAAAGAGUUUUAACAUUUGAAGGUGAACGCACAGUCCAGGAUUUUGUCCAAUUUGCAGAGAAGGCAAACAGACCAGCGGUUACUGAGCUCAAGGAUGCAGCCCAAAUGGAGAGAAUAAGAAAUGAGAAAAGUGUCUGUUUUUUCCUAGUAACAAGCAAUGACAAUGCACAGUUGUCAGAAAAACUUAAAGAUAUUUUUUAUCAAGUUGCUGAAGAUAAGGUUAUUCAAAGCUAUUUUUAUCAAAUUGAUCAGGGAGCUUUACCAGAGGAUGUUGAGGUAAAGGGGCCAACUGUCAUUGUUUCAAAAGAUGGUUCCAUAUCCAUGCUUGAAGGUUCAGACGAUGUAAUUGAAGAGAGUACGUUAUCUGGAUGGAUAAAUAAUGAAAGAUUUGAAGCAUUUGUUCAUGUCACCAGAUCGAAUUUUCAUGAUAUCACCACAACUGGCAAAAUAAUGCUGUUAACUGUACUGGCAGAACAGAAGAGUAAAAAGAAAAUAAAUGAAAGGGUCAGCAAAAUUGUCAAAAGUGUGGCCAUAAAUGAACGGCAAAGAUUUCACAGGCAUUUUCAGUUUGGAUGGAUGUUGGGGGAUACUAUUGCAACAAACCUCAUGAUGAGCUCAAUGUCAGCCCCAUUCUUAAUGGCAUAUAACAGUACAAAUCAUGUGUAUUACUUAAAGCAGUAUUCAGAGAUUAAAGAGGAAUUUACUGAACAGCAGUUGGUAUCUUUCCUUGAAGAUGUGUUGGAGGGUCGUGCAAAGGGAUACGGUGGAGACUCGUACUUUCAAAGAUUCUAUAGGGGGAUUUGGGAACUUCUCAGAUCGAUUUACGAAAUCUGGACCACCCAACCCAUUGCUGCUAUACUCAUGUUUGGCUUCCCUCUGCUGGUGUUCUCAUUUCUUAUCUAUAUGCUGUGUAUCGCUGACCCUGGACCUGAAGAGGAAGAUUUGGAAGAGCUUCAAGAUGAAGGCACCGAGUAUUUAGAUGAUGAAGAUGGAGUAACAGAACUGAAAGCAACUGAGGAGGAAGUUGAUGCAAACCCAAAACCGAAGACAGAAUGAUCGAUAUUAUUCGGAAACAUAAGCAUUGUAAGUUCAGUUCAGUUGCGGCAGCUUCUACCGUGCCAGAAUCGCAUUGACAGCAAGUACUCUACAUGAGAUGUUCAGGUUUUUCUGAAGAACAAGUGAGACUGGUUCUCCUUAACCUGCAUAGGUAGCGGUAUUUUUAGCGAUUGAUGAUAAAUAAAGACAGCGGAGUGCAACUUCGAAUAGUAAAACUAUUUUCCUUCCUCAGCCUCUCGCGACUCUGUGUUCAUGGCUUCGAAGUGCACAAAAAAACCCUCAUCUACGUAGUCGAGGUCCUUGCUCAGCUGUUUAGAUUCCAUUUCAAUCGAUAUUGGUAAAUCCUAUUCCAAUGUUAUCACUACGGCCAAUGAGUGGGAAGGGGAAUGUAACAUGAAACACGAAGCCAAUAAAGGGGAGGGGUGUUAAUGAGAACUCAAAUUAAAACUAAGCAAGCUGCCAAAAGUUACGGAAAACGCGAGUGACUAAGUCGCACUUAAGGUCCAUUGCUUUUGGUUAUGCAAGUUUUCUCGACCAACCACAAGCAAAGUGAAUCAAAACCAAUGGGAAUGCAAUUCCUGAUUACCUUGAAGACUCCAUUGAAAGUCCUCAAGCAAUGAUGCGUCAUCCACGCAUAUGCGUUCUCUCUUCCCCCCCCCCCCCCCUCCAGCCUUUCGUGUGCAGACUGUAAGCGCUAGGGGGUCCACUAAGUUCAGCUACAAGCACAAGAAGCAUCGCCAAUUCUCAGUUGACCGUAUGGUAAAGGAACGAAUGCAUCUCAGUCCGAAAGAGUCGGGUUACGCUUAUUUGGCCGAAUUUCACAUUUCACAUUUCACCGAUGACUGACAAGACUGUUUUGUACGUCAACUAAAGCUUUCAGAAAAUAACUAAUUAACUUUUCUUCCUUUGUCACAUUCUAUUCGUUGCCUCUAUUUUACAUUUAAUGCAGUGAACUCCACAUAUACAACUAAAGGAAAGUUAAUAAAUAUA